UGAAUUUGGUAGAGCGCUAGGGUUUUAGGAUUUGUACGAGAAGCAUAGCGGGCGAGCGGGCGAGCGGGCAAGAAAGGAGGAAAAACAAGAACGAAAAGGAAAGAAGGGAGGGAAACAAUGAGCCGGAGCUUGGGGAUACCGGUGAAGCUGCUACACGAGGCGUCGGGUCACGUGGUAACGGUGGAGCUUAAGAGCGGAGAGCUUUACAGAGGAAGCAUGGUCGAAUGCGAAGAUAACUGGAAUUGCCAGCUGGAGAACAUCACCUACACUGCUAAAGAUGGAAAGGUAUCACUGCUUGAGCAUGUUUUCAUUCGAGGCAGUAAAGUCAGGUUUAUGGUCAUACCUGACAUGUUGAAGAAUGCUCCUAUGUUUAAGCGUCUGGAUGCUAAAAUCAAGGGGAAGAGCUCUUCUUUAGGAGUUGGCAGAGGUAGAGCUGUUGCAAUGCGAGCCAAAGCACAAGCUGCUGGCCGGGGCACAACAGCCGGUAGAGGUGGUGUGCCAUCUGUUCGUAGGUAACUUUGUCUUGUCAAAUGGUUUCUAGUAUCUUAUGUCAGGAGCAGCAUUCAUCAUUGUAGGCCACCUGAGAGGCCUUGAGUUUAGUAACCAAGCUUGUAGUCCUCAUAUUUGAUGUAAAAGGUUCUACUCUUUUGUUAUGUUGAGGAAAAAGAAAUUAGAUGGACGUGAAGUUAUUUGGCCUGGAUACAAGGGACUGCUCUGUUUAUUGUAUGCAUGUAUUGAAAUGCCAAAAUGAUCUUGUUUCUACUAGCGUUUUAUUCA